GGCUGUCUCCUUCCCCAAAAUUGUGUUACCCUCAAUUAGAAAAAACCUCGAGAGGGGAAAUGGAGACAGGUAACGGCACCUCACCCAACAGAUCCGAAUCCGAACCCGAUCGGCUACUCAGUUCAUGCAAGGAGCUUCUCUUACGCCGCGAAUUCACUGCCUGUCGUGACCUUGCCCGUAGGAUCCAAAGGUCCGACUCGAACAUCAGUGCUCAAGUUGACCAAAUCCUCACCAUCGCUGAGGUGCUUGGCUCCUCCACGCGCCGCCCCGGCACCACUCACCUGGACUGGUACUCCAUCCUUCAGCUCAGCCCGGCUGAGGCAGCAAACCGUGAAAACGUGCGUAAUCAGUUCAAGACACUCAUGCGCCUCCUGGAUCCCAGCAAGAAUAAUUUUCCACUGGCGGAUGACGCGUUAAUGCGUGUGCGCGAGGCUUGGUUGGUGCUCUCCGAUCCGGUCCAGCGAGCCCGGUUUGAGUGUGAGUGCCGCCGCGGUAAUGAUCACCCUGCGACGAGUUCGUUUUGGACGAUGUGCCCGUAUUGCUGGUACCUGCACGAGUAUGAGAAGAAAUACGAGGAUUGCACUUUCCGCUGUGGGAAUUGCUUGAGGACGUUUCACGGUGUGGAGGUGAAGGCGCCGGCUGCGGAGACGGUGGUGCAGGGGAAGGAUGAAUACUAUUGUUACCACUUAAGUUUGCCGCUGAGGUAUCCUCUUGAAGAAAGCCAGAGGGUGGUUUUUCAAGGCAAUGCUCAAAAGAGGUUGAGGAUAAAAACUGUGGCUAACAGGGUGCCCAUGAAAGUGUUUAUGGAGCCUAAUGGUGAGUCCGAUAUGUAAGGGUGAACACUUCAAGUUUUAAUUGUGCUGCUUCUGGGGUUGCGGUAAAAGAGUAACUUUAUGUUGUAGUUGUUAAUUAUGUGUUUUAGUUGCUAAGAAGGAAAUGGGGCAUGUCAUGCAUUGCUUGUAGUAUACAGUUUUUUGCAAUGCUGUAACUGUAAUCUGUGCAUAUUCGGAAUGAAUUCGGUAUCUUUUGCUCGAUUGUGUGUCAUACUUUUUGGUGAAAUCAAGAUCAAGAUUACUGGUGUUA